AUGGAUCAAUUAAAUAAACAACUUCAAGAACAACUUCAACAACAGCAACAACAGCUUCAACAAGGAGGUCAACAACAACAACAACAAAACAAUGGUAAUUGGAUGUCAACAAGUUCAGAUGUAUUAAAUUAUUUUGAUAGUAAUAAUAAUAAUAAUACAAUGAUAACACCAUUGACAAAACAAGAUACUAUUAGUAACAUGUUGAAUGCUGGGUUGACUGGAGCAGGUACUACAUCUUUAUUACCAAAUGGAGGUGAUGCACCAAACAAUAGUUUGGAUUGGGCUAGUGGUCGUACAAACAGUUUCUCUUCAUUCUCUUUUCUACGUACUUCAAAUAUAAUGUCAAACGAUACUACUACUUCUAUCAUUAAUACUCAUAAUCAACCUUUACAACAACAAAUAUUUAAUCCAUAUAUUAAUAAUACAUCUACAAAUAAUAAUAAUAAUAAUAUUCAUAUGGGUGAUUUAUCAACACAUAAUCCUUUACAUCAUCUUACUUCUACCACCUCUACAACCUCUACAAAUAAUGGUUUAAAUACAUCAGUAACAAUGUCAUCAUCACAACAAAGUUCACCAAUGAAAGAAGAUGAUUAUGAAGAUCAACCAGCUACGCCACCUACACCACCUAUUCAUACACCACCAAUUCACCACUCUACACCACCAAUUAGCUAUGGAAAUAGUUUUCUUCAAGCUGGUGAUAUGAAUUUAAUGUCAUCUAGUGUAGUUGGUUUAAUGGGUCAACAAACAAUGUCAAAUAUUUUCCAAUUUGGUGGAAAUAAUAAUAAUAAUAAUAAUAAUAAUAAUAAUAAUAAUAACAACGGACAACAAAAUACUGGUAGAAGUGGAGAAUUUCAAAUCAAUGAAUAUGAAUCACUAACUAAAAUGCAAAGAACAAAUACUCAAACCUAUGAAGCACAAAUUAACAAAUUACCUGUUGAAACCAAUUUGGAUCUUCAAAUUAGUUUACUUAGGUCUCAUACUGAACGUAUAGAGGGUGAUGUUGAACGACUCAAACAUUCAAGCAAUUCAAAUCUUUCAUCUCAUUCUUUUCUUCAAAAUCAAGAAUAUACUGGCACAAAUACAGAAAAAAUCUCUCAAGAAUUUUAUAAUAGUCUUUUAAAUCGUUAUCAUGAAAGAAAUGAAAGGUUUUUAAAGGCAAAAGAAAAUCAAAUUAAAGUAAUUCAUAAUAAUGAUAUAAAUUUGGCAAGAGAAUUACAAGUAGUUUAUACAGAUAUGAAAAAACAUAUUGAAGAGGAAAAGAUGGAAUUAAAGAAUCUUUUAUCAAAAACCAUUCUUCAACCACCUGAUCUUCAUCAAAUUCGUGUUACCAUUGAAGGUUUAAAAUCUCAUCAUCGUAUUGUAGAUGUACUUUAUACUGAAUUACAAUAUAUUUUAAACAAAAAGAAACCUGAAAGUUGUUGUGCAAUUAUAUUAUUAUCACAACCACCAUCACAAGUACUUUUUAUUAAAAAGGUGAUACCAGAUGCAUACAAGGUUGAAUUGGUAACUGGUGUAUUAUCACCUGAACAUGUUAGUCCAGUAACUGCCAAACUUGACAAGGCAGAAUCAAAUUCAAAAAAGGAAAAGUCUGCUCUACCAAUUGAAAAUUAUGAAAUCCCAUUUGAAAAAAAUAAGGCUACUUUUACAAAUUUAAAGAUAAAUGCAUCAACAAGAAUGACACCAACACCAUUAAAAUUUUCAGCAACGAUUAGAGAUAAAUCAAAUAGACAAGGAAAACCAAUUGAAAGUGUACCAACCAAUCCAAUUCUAGUCAUUACCAAUGAAAGUCAAUGGGCAGAGGCAGCAGGUAAACUAUUGAUUGGUGAAGCCUUUGAAGACAAGGAUGAAAUUAGUUGGGAGUUGUUUGCAAACAUGUUGCUUGGUACUCUAUUUGUUGCCACUAGUCAAACACCAUACGAUCCAAAAAGAAAAUUACAUACUUGGGAAUUUGAUUAUAUUCAACAAACUCAUUUCGCAAUGAAACCUCGUGUCACUAGACAAGAAGUAAAGGAAUUUUGGGUUAAAUUUGGUCCAAUAUUACAAACUAUUCAUUUUAAAAGACAUAUUUCUUCACUUUGGUUUGAAGGAUUAAUAUAUGGAUUAAUUAGUAAAAAUGAAUGUAAUAGUAUAUUGUACAAUUCACCAGAAGGAUCAUUUUUAAUUAGAUAUAGUGAUAGUUUACCAGGUUCAUUUGCAGUGGCCUAUGUCACCAAUGAUGAACAGGAACGUGUCAAACAUUUCCUAGUCAAACCAGAGGAAAUUGGUGCCAACAAAACACUGCCAGACUAUUUACGUGAACGCUAUCAAUUCCAAGUCCUCUACACUCUAGACCCACCACUCAAAACGUUAAAACCUGUUCCCAAGGACACUGCAUUUGCUUCCUACUAUAGUAAAAGAAUUCAAGAACGUGAAAAGGCUAAAACAAAUCCAGGUUAUGUUUCUGGUUUAUAA